AUGGUAGGGGGGUUGAUUAUGGUGUUCGGUUUAUGGGGAGUUGAAGGGGGGCAGGUGGGAGUUGGGGGGGACUGUGUGGGGUGGGGCGCCUGGGUGCUGGGAUGGAAGGUGGAGGUUGAGGGGAGUGACUUAGUGGAGAAGGCAGAGGGGGGGGAGUCGGGGUGGGAGGAGGAGAGAGACAGUGGUGGGCACGGUUGUCGGUCAGAGUGUUGUAGUGUGCUGGGGUAG